GGUAGGUGUAGCAUAGCGAGUUAGGUAGGUGGGUAGGUAGGUGUAGCUUUAGAAUGGUGUACAACUGUGUUUGUGCUGGGUGUAAUAAUUCUAGCAGAACAGGACACAGGGUCCAUGCCUUUCCGAAGGACAAGGCAACCCUCAGACAGUGGGUACAGUUUGUCCGCGUUAGACGGGCAGAUUUUUCUAUUCCCUCGGUCACUAAGAACUCCAAGGUCUGCAGCGCUCAUUUUACGGAGGAAGAUUACGACCAAGGGGAUAUCAGGAUGGUAUCUCUCGGGUUAAAGAGGCUGGCACAGCUUAUUCCGAACGCCGUGCCUUCUGUGCACACGCAUCUCUCUGCCUGCCCUGCCCCGAGACCGAGAGGCACCAAGAUCAGUGCCGCCAGCCGCAAGCGAGAGCUGGCUAUGAUGUUGACAGAUGCCUCACCGUGUGAGACCACGGACGGUGUCAAUGCUGCUACGGUAGAGGACCCCUUGCCGUACUCCACUUGUGACACUGGGACACAAUGUAUUUUGAAGCCCCUUGGAAGGUCUCACGCUGUGCAAGUGAACCUGAAGCCCAAGAUGGUCAGCAUGGGGACACAAACUUUCACCCCCCUCACUAGUCCUGACCCAACGGAUGGAGAAGAUGAUCUCUCUGUCAUCAGUGAUGCAUCAUGGGUACCAGGAGACCAGAUGUCUGAGGAGGAUGAGGAGGUGUUGUGUGAGGAGCAAUCUCAAACUUGUGACCCCCACCAAAAGUGA